GCUGAGUUGUCCCCUGGAAAAUAUCGUGAGACGUUUAGUAGAGGACUCCUCAGCUAAGGUAAGUGAGGACACUGGCAACACCGUCAGCCCGCUGCAUACACACCCCUCCUUCGUAAAUUACCCCUGCUCGACAACAGAGACUGGCCUCUGGCAUCACGAUCGUAGCUGCACACUGAAGUUUAAAACCUCAUCUGAAUCAUGGGGAACAUUUUUGGGAAUUUGCUGAAGAGCCUCAUCGGAAAGAAGGAGAUGAGGAUCUUGAUGGUGGGGCUCGAUGCUGCAGGAAAAACAACAAUCCUCUACAAGCUCAAGCUGGGAGAAAUAGUCACCACAAUCCCAACCAUUGGGUUUAACGUUGAGACAGUGGAGUACAAGAACAUCAGCUUCACUGUGUGGGACGUGGGUGGGCAGGACAAGAUCCGCCCUCUCUGGAGACACUACUUUCAAAACACACAGGGUCUCAUCUUUGUGGUGGACAGUAACGACAGAGAGCGUGUCAACGAAGCACGAGAGGAGCUGAUGAGGAUGCUUGCUGAGGAUGAGCUGAGGGAUGCAGUCCUCCUCGUGUUCGCCAAUAAACAGGACUUACCGAACGCCAUGAACGCUGCAGAGAUCACAGACAAGUUGGGCUUACACUCCCUGCGUCACCGUAACUGGUACAUCCAGGCCACCUGCGCCACCAGUGGCGACGGCCUUUACGAGGGUCUUGAUUGGCUGGCCAAUCAACUCAAGAACAAGAAAUAAGAAAACUGGAAAACAGCAGCCAGCAGCCACACCCGUCCACCAUUUUAUUUGUUUUGGGAACUGUGUGUGUGUGUGUGGGAGGGAGGGGUACAGGUUAGGCACAAGGGCUUCUGGUUGAUAGCUGCAAAGCAAGAUUUGGGGUCUGGGGGAGAUUUUAGGCUUUCAUUUUCUGUCUGUUGAGGUUUCUAAUAGUUUUCAGCUCUGCAAACAGAUUCUCACAUACUACAUAUUUAACCACUCACACACUGACACACACAAAUGCACACUAACCGUAAGCAAUCACAUGCAGACACUUGCUUUUCCUGUGUCCACCUCUUGUCCUUAGGUGCAAUGUACUGUAUGUUAGUCUCUAGGUGCUGUUCCAAGUCUUGUCUGACUCCACUGAGUCGACAAUGAGUCAAAUGUGACUUUUUGUUGAUAUGUGUUUUUCAGCUGCCACUCGUCCGCGCAAACAGCUGUUCUGUGUCAGUUGCACUUCCUGUUUUUUUGUUUUUUUUUUGUUUUUCCUUUCUUUAUUCCCUCUCCUGGUGGGUAACAGAGCCAUGUUUGAGAACAAUCAUAGCUGGCAGAUUCAUGUCACCAUAAUUCACUUUGCUCUUCCUUUUAAUUUGUGAGCAACGCUGAGGCACUUUGAUACUCUGAUAAAGCGUGCACAUGUGUGCUGUAUGUGUUUCUGCGAGCCGCCCAGACAGUGUUAAUCAUGACCAACAAGUCCUCUUACUGCCUCAUUUUGGAAAUCUUUUUGAUAUCUGUGGCAUCUUUGUACUCCCCUGCGUGGCAACCUGAAGCAUCGAAGCCGCCCUUUUUAAAUAAUUAAAAACUCACAACACCUUCUCGACUGCCUGACCUGCAUGCGACCUGGUAGAUCUCUCUGACGUUGUUGCGUACGUUUUCCAUCCUCUCAGCUGCAUGGACGUUGAUGCUGUUUGUAUAUUUCCUCUAACUGCCCCUGAUCGUGUUCUGGUGCUGUUUACCGUAAGAUGCAGAAACCCACCACAGCCACCACUUCCUGUUUAUCCGCCGUCAACAUGUGCUUAAAACACUAUCGUCAGCUUUAUGGUCUUUUAAUGUGAAAGCAGUGUAUAGGUAAACUUGCGCAUAAACCACAACACACAUAACCUACAGAUGCUGCUUGUCUGCCUUCUUGUAUUUGCGUACGAGUACUCAAACUGCACCAGGUUGCUCUCGCUUUUGUAUGUGUUUUGUCUCAGAGGGGGGAGGAGGGGGUGGUGUGUGAUUUUGUCUCUGUGUUACUGAAUGUGAAUAUUGUUGAUGAAUCUAUAAAUGGGCCAUAAUUAUAUUUAUUUGACACGCAUAUUCCUUUUAUUUCCACGACGUGUGGGCAUGAUUAUGUGAAAGAAAGCAGGGUAAGCAGAUCGAUAUGUGGAUGUUGUAGUUUUCAGAGAUUCAUCAGCACAUCCACAGCUCACCUCUGAACAGCAGACGAGUUACUGCGUCACCUCCGAUACCAGCAGAAUCCACAGAUUUCUGUCAAUGAAAACUAUUUCUGUGUGCCAUACAUGGGUACAACCACUCAUACACCAGUGACAGUACGACAUACUGUAUAUCCACUCCACCAACUUAUCAGUGCAUUGUUCAUAUUCAGCAUCUGUUGUGUGUUAAAUCAUGAGUUUGAUCAUUUGGGUUUUGUGGCCUUAUAUUUAGUAAUGACUUCAAAUUGAUUUCUUCUCAGCUUGUUUGGUUCUGAUUUUGAGUCACAUAUAUUUAUCUACAAUAUAAAAAGAAUGAUUUACAGAUUUAUUUCUCUAUGCCCUCAAAAGGCAGGUUUUGCACCACAGUUCGAGAUGAUUAGGCAAAGGUUUUGUCUUAUAGUAUCUUUUGUUUUUUUGCCAGUAUACUUGAUUCAUAUUUGGUGGUAGAUGAUUUAUUUGGUUUGUUUCAGGGUGUAAAGAAACUUUGAUGUAGACUGUGUCUGUGAAACAAUGAUAAUCAGUGCGAACAAAACAAAAAACAAAAAAAACCCUCUGAUGAUUCAUUCUGUACCGUUAUAGUUACACAAGUAGAUUUAAAAACGGUGAAGAUUAAAUGACUCAAUGCUGAAUGCAUGGAGACAUCUCUAUGUGAUGUAAGACAACAAACAAAAUCCUGCUGUAUUACAAAUAAACCCAUUUUCUGUA